ACGUAAUCGGCCCGCGUUCUGGUUUCCCCCUCAAUAUCACUAAUAACCUCAUAACUUCAGUUAAUACACCCUUUAGCCUUAAUUAAACAUCUUCAAACAUGGAGAGCUACCACAAGCCUGACGAGAAAACACUGCAAGGACUUAAAAAUAUUGCUAAUAAGCUAAGAAUUCACUCAAUUAAGGCAACAUGCGCCUCAAAUUCAGGGCACCCUACAUCAUGCUGCAGUGCAGCGGAAAUAAUGUCAGUACUCUUCUUCCAUACGAUGCGUUACAAAGCUGAGGACCCCCGCAAUGCCUGCAAUGACCGCUUUGUCAUGUCUAAGGGUCAUGCUGCUCCCAUAUUGUAUGCUGCUUGGGCAGAGGCUGGUUAUGUCAAGGAAGCUGACCUACUCAAUUUGCGCAAGAUUGAUUGUGAACUUGAAGGACAUCCUACCCCUAAAUUGGCUUUUGUGGAUGUGGCCACAGGCUCGCUGGGUCAGGGUCUGGGAGCUGCAUGUGGGAUGGCAUACACAGGAAAAUACUUUGACAAAUCAAGCUACCGUGUGUACUGCCUGCUGGGAGAUGGUGAGUGUUCAGAGGGGUCAGUGUGGGAAGCCAUGGCUUUUGCAUCCCACUAUGGUCUUGAUAACCUGGUGGCUAUCCUGGAUGUAAAUCGUCUGGCUCAGAGUGAAGCUGCACCAUUAAAGCAUGACAUGGCAACAUACCAGGACCGCUGCAAAGCUUUUGGCUGGAAUACCUGUGUGGUAGAUGGCCAUGAUGUGGAGGAGCUGUGUAAGGAACUGUGGAAUGCUGAACACUUCAAAGGAAAGCCCACUGCCAUCAUCGCCAAAACUUUCAAGGGCAAAGGCCUUAAAAACAUUGAGGAUAUGGAUAACUGGCAUGGCAAGCCCAUUCCUAAGGACCGUGUAGCUGAGUUAAUUAAUGAACUGGAAAAACGGAUCCAGGCUUCCCCUAAACUCCUACAGCCUGACUUGCCAAAUGAGGAUGCCGCUCCUGUAGACCACAGUCCCAUCCAUCUGCCCUCACCUCCAGAAUACAAACUUAGAGACAAGAUCUCUACCAGGAAAGCUUAUGGUGUUGCCCUGAAGAGGCUGGGAGAUGCCAGCCAACGUGUUGUGGCUCUGGAUGGAGAUACUAAAAACUCCACCUUUUCUGAGAUCUUUAAGAAAGCCCAUCCUGAUCGCUACAUCGAGUGUUUCAUUGCUGAGCAGAACAUGGUGAGUGUGGCUAUUGGUUGUGCCACUCGUGACCGCACCGUCUCAUUUGCCAGUACGUUUGCUGCUUUCUUGUCGCGUGCCUAUGACCAAAUUCGAAUGGCCGCCAUUUCCCAGUCUAACGUCAACCUUGUAGGCUCUCACUGUGGUGUUUCUAUUGGUGAGGAUGGCCCCUCUCAGAUGGCUUUGGAGGAUCUUGCGAUGUUCCGUGCUAUUCCAACAUGCACUGUGUUCUACCCUAGCGAUGGAGUGUCCACUGAAAGAGCUGUAGAGUUAGCAGCUAAUACCAAGGGUAUCUGCUUCAUCCGGACCAGCCGGCCAGACACAGCAGUGCUGUAUGAGCCAGAGGAAAAAUUCAAAAUUGGCCAAGCUAAGGUGGUGCGCCAGUCUAGUAGUGAUCAAGUGACUGUGAUUGGAGCUGGUGUGACUCUGCAUGAGGCUCUCGCUGCACAUGACAUUCUGGCCAAAGAAGGUGUGAACAUUCGUGUGAUCGACCCGUUCACUAUUAAGCCUUUGGAUGCUGCCACAAUUGUGGCUAGUGCUCGUGCCACUCGAGGCCAAGUGAUCACAGUGGAGGAUCAUUACAAAGAGGGUGGUCUUGGUGAGGCUGUCCUGGCAGCAGUGGCAGAGGAGCCUGGCAUCGUGGUCCAUCGGCUGGCUGUUAGCCGUGUUCCCCGGAGUGGCAAAUCCCAAGAGUUGCUCGAGAUGUUUGGCAUCAGUGCAAAUUCCAUUGUAACUGCAGUUAGAUGCACUUUUGCCAACUGAAACCCUUCACUGUGUAAACAUUUCUCCCGUAUGACGGUUUGUUUCCCAACCUGAAGCAUUUAAAAAUGUUUUUCAUUUUGGCUGUGUUUGCUUAAAAGAGCCUAUUCCAUUCUUGCAGGCAGUAACAACAUUUCAUUAAUUAAAUCAGAAUCCAGUACCUGUAACAUCACUGACACUUAACUUUGUCAGCAUUCCAGAAUUGGUGUUCCUCAUAAGUCUUAUCCUUGUCUGUUAACAUGGUUGUUAAAUCACAUUCCUUGUCACAAGAUAGUCUUUUGAAUGGUAAUAUAGAGUUACACUUGGUUUAGCAUUUCCAACAGGUGCUUGAGAGGGAUUAUUGAAUAGCUCUGGUUGUGUUUUGUAAGCUACUGGAUGCAGCUUAUUGUGUCUGUGAUGUACCUAUUUGUGCAUCAUGUUACUAAGAUAUCCAGAUUGUUGUUCUGUAAACUUAUCUUGUUUACAAGCCUUCAAAAUAAAGAACUGGUCACAACCCCUCA